UGGGAUCAUUACACAUAGGGAGGAGAAAGGGAGGGAGCACAGGGACAGAGGAAGAGAAACAGAGAGAGAAAGCCUGAAGGAAGGCAGCAGAGGAGACAGAAGAAAGGAGGCAUCAGCUGACACACAAUCAGAACCGCUCGAGAAAAAUGCAGAAUUUCACGGGCACCUGGAAAAUGAAAAGCAGCGAGAAUUUCGACGAGCUGCUCAAAGCUCUGGGUGUAAAUGCCAUGCUGAGGAAGGUAGCUGUGGCAGCUGCAUCCAAGCCUCACGUAGAGAUAAGACAGAACGGAGAGCACUUCUACAUCAAGACUUCAACCACGGUGCGCACCACGGAGAUCAACUUCUGCAUCGGCGAGGAAUUUAAUGAGGAGACAGUGGAUGGUAGAAAGUGUAAGAGUUUGGCCACUUGGGAAACAGAGAAUAAGAUUUACUGCAAACAGACUCUCCUGAGUGGGAACGGCCCAAAGACCUUCUGGAGCCGGGAACUCAAAGGGGAUGAACUCGUAUUGAUUUUUGGAGCUGAUGAUGUGAUCUGCACACGGAUCUACAUACGAGCAUAGGAGACGUCCACGUUCUUCUGAUUUCAAACUUCACUCAGCAAAUAGAAACCGCCAAUAAUCUGUUUUUCAUAGCAUGUUGUUUCUUUGUGUAAGCCACUAUUUUAGCAGGAUGUUAGUGCUUUCCCCCCCCCUUUUUGUAUAUAUUUUUUAGCACUGUGAAGUGAAUCUUUAAUAUGAUUUCUUUUAUAUACAAAAAAGCAGCAGUAGUAGUCCACACACUAAAUACUACAGGGAUAAUCUGAUGAAGAACUCGAUAGUGUCAAACUUUCC